CGUCCCUGCCGCCGAAGGAGAACCCUUGGACCAAGAAGCCGCCUCCGCACCUGUCACCGGCCGGGUCGGAGCCGCCGUCCCCUCUGGAUUCCCUGGAAGCAGAGCUCAGUUCCCCAAAAAUUAUAAAAGCAGGAAAACUCAAGACAAAGAAAUCCAACAAGGCUAGUGAUUUCAGCGAUAUGGCAAAUUGGCCAACACCAAGUGAAUUAGUGAACACUGAAUGUCAGAGUGUCAUCAACCAAGGAAAUAAGAAGCUACAAAAUAAAAAAGAAAGAGAAGACAAAUUUGAAAAGAGAAGUAACAGUGAGAGCAAAGAAAGCCGGGAAACAAAAUUAGAUGGUCCUGGUGAAAAUGUCAGUGAGGAUGAAGCUCAGUCAAGUAAUCAACGAAAGAAAGCUAAUAAGCACAAGUGGGUACCACUCCACUUAAAUGAUGUAAGACCAGAUAGUCAAGAAAGACCAGGAUCCCGGAACAGCUCAAGAUGUCAACCUGAAACAAACAAAUCAUCACAUAACAGUAGGAGAAAUGAUACACGAAGUUGGAGACGUGAUAGAGAGAAGAGAGAUGACCAAGAUGAAGUCUCCAGUGUGAGAAGCGAAGGUGGUAACAUCCGAGGUUCCUCUCGAGGCCGAGGAAGAGGCCGAGGGCGGGGAAGAGGAAGAGGCAGAGGAAAUGCUCGAUUGAACUUUGAUUAUUCAUAUGGUUAUCGAGAACACGGUGAAAGGACUGAUCAGCCAUUUCAGACCGAACUUAAUACCAGUAUGAUGUAUUACUACGAUGAUGGUACAGGAGUACAGGUAUAUCCUGUGGAAGAAGCAUUGCUUAAAGAGUAUAUUAAGCGCCAAAUUGAAUAUUACUUCAGUAUAGAAAAUUUGGAACGGGACUUCUUUCUUAGGAGAAAGAUGGAUGAACAAGGUUUCUUGCCCAUUUCCCUGAUUGCUGGUUUCCACCGUGUUCAGGCUCUCACUACAAACCUUAAUCUCAUUCUAGAGGCACUGAAAGAUAGCACAGAAGUGGAAAUUGUGGAUGAGAAAAUGAGAAAAAAGAUAGAACCAGAAAAAUGGCCAAUUCCAGGCCCUCCUCCACAUAGGGUGCCACAGACAGACUUCUCUCAACUGAUUGACUGCCCAGAGUUUGUGCCCGGCCAGGCCUUUUACUCACACACAGAGUCAGCCCCUAAUUCUCCAAGAAUUGGAAGUCCACUGAACCCAAAGAAAAAUACUGAAACAAGUAAUCUUCAAGCAACGUCUAGAGUUCUAUCUACCAGUUUGCCUGACCUGGACUCAGAACCUUGGAUAGGAGUAAAAAAGAGACAUCGUGCAUCCCCAGUGAAAUUGAAGGAGUCAGCAUCUCUACCUGAAGAGGCAUCGAAUCAACUAUAUCCUCCAGAUGAACAAGAACAAGAAGAACUUGAUUUUUUAUUUGAUGAAGAGAUGGAACAAAUAGAAGGACGAAAAAAUACAUUUACUAAUUGGUCUGAUAAUGAUUCAGACUAUGAAAUUGAUGACCAGGAUUUAAACAAGAUUUUGAUUGUAACUCAGACACCACCUUACAUGAGAAAACAUCCUGGAGGAGAUAGAACAGGCAACCACAUGUCUCAGGCACAAAUUACAUCUGAACUUGCUAAAGUCAUCAAUGAUGGCUUAUAUUACUAUGAACAGGAUCUGUGGAUGGAAGAAGACGAAAACACACACACAGCCAUAAAGCAAGAAGCUGAGAACUUUAAGAAGCUAAAUCUCAUUAGUAAAGAGCAGUUUGAAAACCUAACACCUGAACUUCCUUUUGAGCCAAACCAAGAAGUUCCUGUAGCACCUUCACAGUCCAGGCCAGAAAUAUCUUCGGCAGCAAUGGCAUGUUCGCUGCCAGCGGCAGUUCCAGAAUCUCCUAGACUUUAUCCUGCAAGGACACCCAGAACACCUCGAACACCCAGGUUACAAGAUCCAAACAAAACACCAAGAUUUUAUCCUGUGGUCAAAGAACCAAAAGCCAUUGAUAUAAAGAGUCCACGAAAGAGGAAAACAAGACAUAGUACAAAUCCGCCCCUGGAGUGUCAUGUUGGUUGGGUAAUGGAUUCCAGAGAUCAUGGGCCAAGAACAUCCUCUGUCAGUUUGAAGGCUUUCUGCCCCUCCUCACUCAGCAGUUCAAAUACUUCACCUUCGGAAGGCGCACAGCUGGUGGGAAGUUACGGAUGGACUCCUCAUUCGUUCCCGAAGUUUCAGCACCCUUCUCACGAACUUCUGAAGGAAAAUGGCUUCACCCACCAAGUGUACCACAAGUAUCAUCGAAGAUGCCUGAGUGACAGAAAGCGCUUGGGAGUUGGCCGGUCCCAAGAAAUGAAUACCCUCUUUCGCUUCUGGUCCUUUUUCCUCAGAGACCACUUCAAUAAAAAGAUGUACGAGGAAUUUAAACAACUUGCUUGGGAAGAUGCAAAAGAAAACUACAGGUAUGGAUUAGAAUGUCUGUUCAGGUUUUAUAGUUAUGGACUGGAAAAAAAAUUCAGACAAGAAAUUUUUAAGGAUUUCCAAGAAGAAACCAAAAAAGACUACGAAUCUGGUCAGCUGUAUGGAUUAGAAAAGUUUUGGGCUUAUCUAAAAUAUUCUCAAGUUAAGACACAGGCUGUUGACCCAAAACUUCAGGAAUACCUCUGUAGCUUUAAGAGGUUAGAAGACUUCCGCGUUGAUCCCCCUAUUAGUGAGGAAUUUGGAAGAAAAAGACAUUCGUCUACUUCUGGUUCAGAGAGUAAUCGCCAUAGACUUCCAUCUAAUUCCUCCACAAAGUCACUCAAUGCUGCUACUCCUGCACCUGCCAGUCAGCUUCAGGCUCCAGGAAACUCUCCCCGAAGGAACGUGUCGCAGGAGCCCAGUGGCAGUUCGCACCCCCCGAGCGCUGCCUCUGUCUCCACAGACGGUGACACGUCUGAGAAGUAGACGCUCAUGGAAGCUGUUUGCCCUUGAAAUCAACAUUUACAUCGAUAUUCAUUUGGGAAAACCUUCUGAUGUUUGUGAUAAUCAGAAAAAAGAAAAAGGAAGAAAAGUGGUAGCAAUUUUUUUUCAGAGCAAGAUCACUUCUGAAAACGUUUUCCCCGACUUCGUGAACAAGGAUAGUUUUGGUGAUCUAUUACAGAGAUCCUCUAGUAAUGAAUAGGUCUCAGAAGUUCUUUUUCAAAGCCAUUGUUUACAAGAACAGCAUUCCUGAAAUAUAUU